UUGAUAGCUGUUUCCUCGUCUUCUGUCACAUCUAUGGCCGGUUAGAGUUGUGAUAUCUUCUCCUAUUUUGAUUCGAUUGGUCCCUACAUCUCCGCUGGAAGAAGCUCGAGCCACAGAGCUGGUGUUGGCUCUUUACAGCUUGCGAUAACGGUCUUCGAUCCGCCCGAGAUAUCGCUGGAUCUCAUCCCUCCCACGUCGCCAAAGUUCACAGAGCUCUUAAAAAUAGACAGAACCGUCAAAUGGCCGCCCUCUGGGGAAACAACAAUGGCGGACAGGCCGGCCAGUUCCCCCUCGAGCAGUGGUUCUACGAGAUGCCGCCCUGCACCAGGUGGUGGACUGCCGCCACGGUGGCCACCUCGGUUCUCGUCCAGUGUCAUAUCCUGACGCCCUUUCAGCUAUUCUACAGUUUUCGCGCUGUUUUUGUAAAAUCGCAGUAUUGGCGACUAAUAACCACCUUCCUCUACUUUGGUCCGCUCAAUCUGGACCUAUUAUUCCAUGUUUUCUUCCUUCAACGAUACUCGCGACUCCUCGAGGAGUCCUCCGGUCGUUCUCCGGCCCAUUUCUCUUGGCUGCUGGUCUACGCCAUGACCUCCCUGCUCAUAUUGUCGCCGUUCCUCUCUCUUCCAUUCCUUGGUACCGCACUGUCGUCGAGUCUCGUGUAUAUCUGGGCUCGUCGCAAUCCCGACACCCGACUCAGCUUUUUGGGUCUGUUGGUCUUCACGGCGCCAUACCUCCCAUGGGUCCUCAUGGCUUUCAGUCUCGUGGUCCACGGGAUCGUUCCUAAGGAUGAGCUCUGCGGCGUGAUCGUGGGCCAUGUCUGGUAUUUCUUUACGGACGUCUAUCCCUCACUACACGGUGGACAUCGGCCGCUGGAUCCACCAGCAUGGUGGAGGAGGUUGUUCGAAGGCAGGCCGCGCGAGCCUGUUCGUGACGAGGACGAGGGGGCUGAUACACAGGCUGACAAUGUCAAUCGCGACUUUGCAGCGGCUGCAGCACCUGAAGUUCGAUGAAUUGGUAUGGCAACCAGGAAUAUGUAUUGGUUGGUCAGUUGCGUAUAAAUAUAUCGAACUAUUGGGUUAGCCGGGGCCGCGGUGAUAUACAUGGUGCUCUUCAGCUUCGCACCUCAUAUCAGGCACCCCAAUAGCGGUGGAUUGACAGUGCAAGCUAACUGAAGGGAGAGAGGGCUGUACCAUGAGGCUUUCAGACGGCCUGAUCACUGCGCCAGGUGUUCACGGAGCCUACUUCUGC